CUCACUCACACACUCUCCCACACACACGCACACACACACACGCGCACACACGCCCUCCAACCCUGCCAGCCGCCUCACAUCCAUCUUCACACUCUCCCGUUCAUGUUUAUUUGUUUAUGUUUAUUUAUUCUCCAUCCGGGAAAAGAAGAACACACUGGAAAAAAAAAGAAGACAAAAACAGCAACAAGAAGGAAAAAAGGAUUAUUAUUCAUUUCUGAAUGACGGGCGGCCGGUUCGACUUCGACGAUGGCGGCACUUACUGCGGCGGCUGGGAGGGCGGGAAAGCGCACGGGCACGGCGUGUGCACGGGGCCGCGCGGCCAGGGCGAGUACAGCGGCGCGUGGUCUCACGGCUUUGAGAUAGUCGGUGCGUAUACAUGGCCCAGCGGCAACACGUACCGGGGCUACUGGGCGCACGGCAAGCGGCACGGGCUCGGCGUGGAGCGCAAAGGACGCUGGGAGUACCGGGGUGAGUGGAGUCACGGGUUCAAGGGCCGUUACGGAGUCCGCCAGACCCGGGAGUCACCCGCCAGGUAUGAUGGCACCUGGAAUAACGGACUGCAAGACGGAUACGGGGUGGAAACCUACGAGGAUGGGGGUACAUAUCAGGGUCAGUGGAUGGGUGGGAUGCGUCAUGGUUACGGCGUGAGACAGAGCGUCCCGUACGGCAUGGCCAUGACCAUUCGCUCCCCUUUGCGAACUUCUCUAUCAUCCCUACGAAGCAUGCAGAGCAACGGUGCUGUGCUGCUGCAGGAUGAGGCCUCUAAUGUGCCAGCCAACACACGAGGUGGCUUUGUCUUAAAUGUCCAUGGUGAGAAGAAAAAACGUCCUUUGGUCCGGCGUGGAUCACUGUUCGGAAGCCUUCGUCAGCUCCGGAAGUCCGAAUCGAAAAGUUCGAUUUCAAGCAAGCGCAGCUCAACACGCAGUUCCGCCAUGAGCCGAAUCAGCUCGAGCGACGCCGAGGACGAGGACAAGACGGACAUUGAGGACAAUGUUGACACCGAGGACAAAAUGGACGCCACAGUCACUGAGUCCUAUGCAGGCGAGUGGAAAAACGACAAGCGAAGCGGCAUUGGAGUGAGCGAACGCUCUGAUGGCACCAAAUACGAAGGGGAGUGGUUGAACAACAAGCGGCACGGAUACGGCUGCACCGUUUUUCAGGACGGAACCCGGGAAGAAGGGAAGUACAAAAAUAACACACUGGUCCGAGGGAUAAAGAAGCAGCUCAUUCCACUCAAAAAUCCCAAAACCAAAGAGAAAGUAGACAGUGCAGUGGAGGGAGCGAGGAGAGCAGCCAAUGUCGCCAGAACCAAAGUGGAAAUCGCCCUGUCAAGGACAGCCCAUGCCAGAACAAAGAGUGAAUCAGCAGACCAGGCUGCAGUUGCUGCUGACCAGGAGUCAGAUCUUGCAAGGGCUAUAGCAAGAGAAUUAGCUCCUGACUUCCAGCAACCAGGCCUUGAGUACAUCAAGCAAAACUUCACAUACCAUGUGGAGGAGAUUAAAGAAGCUCCACUAGAGUUGGAGAAGAAGGAGAAGAAAGAGAAGUCUUCAUCAGGCAGUCCUUUUUAUCGCCGUGGCACGACUCCAUCACACUCGCCUACUCACAGCCCGACUCCCUCACCUCCAUUAUCACCAACGAAGAAAAAUCAACAACCAAGUACUGGUGUGACACGAAAGAUCAGCAAAGAAAGUGCUACAGCAACCCGUAAAAUUAGCAAAGACAACAGCACUCUAUCCCGUAAGAUUAGCAAAGAUGAAAGAGCCACCAUUGUAGCCGAAAUUAGCAAAGUUCCUGCCAUCAAAAUUCAAGAUACUGCACCACCAAAGCCGCCCAAGCUCAACGAACCAUCAGUAAACGGCCAAUUACACACUGCUUAUCAUAGCUAUUAUGUGAAAACACAUAAAAACAUCCCUCCACCAGACGAACCGGAGGAUGAAGAGCCUGAAAUGACACAGUCCAGUUUAGCUCGAAUGCCACCACCUCCAAAGAUGGUGCGGUCACCCACGCCAAAACUAGAGACAAAGCUCAGGAAACAAGAAAGUGUAAAACCAAAGAGUCUCACUGAAACCAAGAAAGCCAGUGUGGAGCUCAUGAAUGAGGUGUUAGAAGAUGAUACGGGUCUGAAUUCUAUUUUAGUUGCCAUGGUGAUGCUCUUGAAUAUUGGAUUGGCCAUCAUUUUUGUACACUUUUUGACAUGAUUGCACUGUGUUUCAGUCAUGGAAAUAACACAGUGUUACGUUAAACUGGCGCUGGUCCUUGGCCGUGGGAGCAACAGAAGAAGUUUUGGAAAAUAAGAACGCCUUUGGAGGACGACGUAACUUUUCAUGGCUCGUUUAGCCGUGUAAAAGACUGACUGUUAGAAACAAAGAAGAGCAACGAGAAAAAAGGAGAGAUGUGUGUGAGAGAGUUUAGGGUGUGCUGAUCCAAGCUGGCUGCUCUGUGUGGAAACGUUCGGUGCACUUUUACAUGACAGGCACAAACAGCUGCCUCGUUUCUUUCCCGUCUGACGUGUUGGGUUCGGAGAUUUAUGCUCAGUGCCAGAGGAAUGUGUUCAUUGGACUUUCCACGCUAGUCAGAGAAAAACGAACACGCACCACGGCCUCCAUCGCCAGUCUUAUAACAUUACACAAGCAUUACUGUUACUGUAGGUAGGCAUGUGCUCAAUAUAAUUGCAGUUUUAUGAUAUUAAAAAUAUUAAAAAUAUUUUAAUUACUUAAUAAUUAAAAUACUAAUAAUUAAUACUAGUAAUUAAAAAAAUAUUUUAAUUACUUUUUAAUUACUUGCAAAUAUUACUUAUCAAUGCAUAUUCUCCAGACUUCACCAUAGGCAGCAAGUAUUCCAAAUAACGAUAUUAUAAUGUGUGUUAAAUAUUGUGAUAUAUCAUAGAACUGAUUAUCAGCACAUGUCUAUCUGUAGGAACAUGCCCUGUUGCAUGGUAGCAUGUAAUUAAUUUUUCUCUGUUGUCCUCAUGCACUCAAUCACAGAUGUAUUUCAGUUCUCCAUUAUUUUCACUUUAUGAUAUUUUUCAGAAAGAAUUUAUUGUAUAAAAUGUGCAAUAUGAUUUUUUUUUCCAAAUUAUAUAUCACACCAUAUCACACCAAGGGCAUUUAGCCAACAGCUCACUUUGUUCCAUAAUUGAUUACAAAAGAAUAAAAGGAAAUGAAAAUGAGAUGACGAUGAGAUGACGAUUAAGUUGGAGAGGACUGUCUACUGUAAUAAGAAUCGCCAUGCGCACAGCCACAUGGGUGAAUAUUGUUUACUAAAAUGUAAAGGAGAUGAAAAUGUUUAUGCUGUAUGUAUUUGUGAAAUGAGCAUUGCUCAUCAUGCAUGCAGUUUCUUUGAUUUGGUGCGUUGACAUGCAAAUGACUAGGCACGUGCCGAUAAUCGCCUAACAUUUUAUCACAGUUUACACUGUAUUUAAAAAAAUAAUUACUACUUAUGUUUAAACUAUACCUCUGAAUAAGGAUAUAUAUAUAUAUAUAUAUAUAUAUAUAUAUAUAUAUAUAUAUAUAUAUAUAUAUACAUAUAUAUAUAUAUAUAUAUAUAUAUAUAUAUAUAUAUAUCGUUUUUUACAUAGCUACACCAUUAAGAAUUUUGUCACCAUGAUGUUUCCAAAUGCAGCAUAUCACAGUAUCAAUGAAAAGUCCAGCAAGCGAAACCCAUACAACUAUACAAAGUAGCAUCACUUCUAUUGACACUCUUUUAAUAGCAAUAUUGCAUUAUAUCAUAUAACCGAUUAUCGGCACAUGCCUACAAGUGAGCAGUGAGAAGUAGAUGAAAAAUUAUUUUUAGACAUGCUUUAGGUAAAAAGGUCUGAGCUUUGUUUGCAUGUUAGAAAACAUACUAUUCAAAAUUCUCUGUUUGGUGUUGAAUUAACCCCUUCAGACCUGCUUUUUUUCAUAUAAAACAUAUAAAAUCUAAAAUUUCACACUUUAUUAUUAUUCUGAUGCCAUCAAAUAUAAGCAUCAGCAGUCAAGACAUGUGUAAAGUUACUAAAUUAUUGUUCCUUACUGUUCUCUCUUUGAUAUCUCCAUCAGGGUUCCCUUCAGAAUGAUGCAGAUUUUCUUUUUUUGUGAUACUCAAUAGAGCAAGGUUCAUUUCUGAUUGGUUACCCACUAGAGAUGUAGCAAUCCGAGGAGUUGGACUGAUGCAUUGAUUAACAUGCAACAAUUGAAAUGAUUCGAUGUGACAAUCAUAAAUCGAUUAUUAUCAAAAAAGGACAAACAACUGGUGUGUAAAAAUAAUUCAUAUUUAUAAACUGAUGUGUAAAUAAUUUAAUCAGCCAGCCAGGUGAUUUGCUCAUAACAUCUUUCACAUUUUCUUACUAAUUUUGUCAUUUUGCCAAGUCCCACCCACUAGCUAUCUCUCUCCUAUCACACAACAGCUACCAGUGGGAAGGGUGAAGGCUAACAUGUGAUUCCUCUGAGACACAUGAAGCCAGCUAACCACAUCUUUUUGAACUGCUGUGCAUGGUAUGUCACAGGGCAGCGUAACACACUCAGAGGAAAGAACUAUCUGCCCUCUUUCACAUACUUGACCUCACAGACACUUGUGAUUGGCUAGUGUCACUGCUGCGCCAUUCAAGAGCACUCGUUCAUCAUCUUCUUUUUGUGAAUUCAAGGUAGUAAUGAUAGGCCUAACCCAGAUUCUGAACAGAGUUCAUCACAUAUUGAUUGGAAGCUAUUGAAUCAAAUCGGAUCAUAUUGUAGCAGAUUCUGUGGUAUCAUCAAAUAUUGAAUCGUUUCCUUAUCAAUCAAAUUCAUAUCAUAUCAUGUGUAAGCCUGAGGUUUACACCCUUACCCACUAACUAACCAGCUUUUAUACAUUUAUACAUUGUAGAUGAAAAUUCCUGAAUCAUGUAAUGGACACGGGGUGUGAAGAGGUUAAUUCAGGUAUGUGAUACAUUGAACAACGGAUGUGUUGCAAUUAAUGAGUCUUUAACUACCGUUUACCUCAGAGGAAUGCAAAAGAAGAAAAAGGGAAAAAAAAAAGAAACAGGUCUUGUCUUAAUUCUUUAGUAAGGGAACACUACAUUGUGCCACUGGUUUGUUUCAUUAUUGCUGGCACAGAGUGGUGAUUUUAUUGGACUUGUUACCAAACCUGUGUGCAUUUAUCACUUCAUAGAAGGCUUAUUUAUUCUAUAAUUAGUAGCGCAUCAGUUUUGUUUCAAGACAUGAAUGAAAAAGGGCUUGCAUAGGCUAUGCUGUAUUUGUUUUUAUUACUGCUUUGCAUAAUUUAUUUAAAAUCCACUAUGUUCCACUAAUAAGUCCAAUAUUUUAAUAAGGCUGUCUCUUGAGACAUACAUGCACUACAGUGCACUACCAAACAAAAAUGCUGUUUUAGUCAGUUAAGACUGGAAGGUCGAUUUCUUUCAAGCUUGAUUGUACAUCAUCUCCUCUAGCAUGCUGUGUUUGCAACAUUUGUUACUUUACUCACAGUCGCUUGCUAGCUUCUCAGUUUAGGCAAAAAUGCAAUGCAGGGAUAUUGAAUAUAACUGUGCCUACUGAAUAUUAUGAUGUACCACUGAUGAUCAGUAUAAACUUACGAUAUAUAUAGCUCCAGAAAUUUUAGGGCAGUCAAGCAGAAAUAUAUACAUCAUUAAAUUAUAUUGUAUAAUAUAAAUUCUAUAGAUUAUAAUAUUUAUAAUAGGUUUACAAGAAAAAAUAUCAGAAUGAUGAAUAUAGUAAACUUUCAAACUACAUAUGUACAGAAAAUAAAAACUAUUUUUAUGGUGUUUUACAUAUCUAAAUCCUUAACUAUAAAUCAUUACGUGGUACCUAUUUUGCCAUUUUAAUUUUCCCUUUUUUUUUAAUUAUAAUUUUUGUGAAUAUGUGUUGUGCAGCAAACCUUUUGCAUUGUAUAUGGCCUCUGUUCAUGUUUUCCCAGUUGAUUUAUUAUUUUACUAACUAAUCAAAGGGCAGAAUUAUUUUUCUAAAAUGAACAGCUAUUGCACAAAGAAAACAUUUAUAAACAACAGUUUUACUCUGUUUUUACAAAGGUUAGUCCAUAACCCAAGUUGGUAUUUUUCUAACGUUUUGCACAUUUAUUUUAUGGGUGAAUGACUUAAUAAUCAAUUGUGUCACACCUAUUUGACAAAAAAAAUAUAUGUUUGAUUCAGCUGAUUAAUAAUAUAAGCUACAAGGAGCCUUUAUUGUAGAUAUAUUCUACCACUGGAAGAGAAGAAAGGUACGACCUUCGGCAUUUGAAGCAUAUUUAAGCCCCAGUGACAUUUGUACUCUGGAGAUUGUAAUAAAAAUGAUCUGUGUAUAACAAUAAAAAUGUUAUGCAUAAAAAUUUA